AUGGACACCGGCCACAUGCAGCCCAUCAAGCUGGCUUGGGUCACCAAAGUUCUGGGCCGGAGCAGUUUUCAGGGCCAGUACGCCCAGGUGCAUGUGGAGUUCAUGGACAACAGGAGCCGCUCCAUCACCCGCAAUGUGAAAGGCCCCGUGCAGGAGGGAGACGUGCUCACCUUGCUCCAGUCCGAACGAGAGGCUCGGAGGCUGCAGUGA